CACUUCAACAACAAAGCUGCUAAUUUAACCACUUCGGUAGCUUGCUAGACAACAGAAAAGCGAAACACUGAAGCGCCUUAGCCCAUUUUGGAUAUAUUACUUUGUGUUUUAAACACAAAUUUGUUUACGUCUCACUUAAACGUAACUGACAAUUUGUUGAAAUUGAUAGUCAAAUUAACACUUAGCUAGUCGCUAAUGCUAACUAACUAGCUAGCUAACAUCCCCGACCAUGAGCUCAGUAAGCUCCUCUGCUAAAGAAGAGGAGGUCUGUUGGACGGAGAAAGAAGCUCUGGGGCUGAACAUUGUCGUAAAAGAGGAAGACGAGGAUAUUACCGUGCAAGGAGAGGAAGGGGCUUUCAAAACGAUAAAAGAGGAAGAAGAGGAGGAGGAGGAUGUUACAGUGAAAGAGGAGAAAGAAACGUUUGGGGUAAAAGAGGAAGAGUGGAUACAGGCUGUCACAGUGGAAGAGGAGGAGAUGGAUGCUUUCAGAAUUAAAGCGGAGGAAGAUGAGGAUAUCAGCGUGGAAGAGGGGAUAGAGGCUUUCACAGUGGAAGAGGAGGAGAUGGAUGCUUUCAGAGUUAAAAAGGAGGAAGAUGAGGAUAUCAGCGUGGAAGAGGGGAUAGAGGCUUUCACAGUGGAAGAGGAGGAGAUGGAUGCUUUCAGAAUUAAAGCGGAGGAAGAUGAGGAUAUCAGCGUGGAAGAGGGGAUAGAGGCUUUCACAGUGGAAGAGGAGGAGAUGGAUGCUUUCAGAGUUAAAAAGGAGGAAGAUGAGGAUAUCAGCGUGGAAGAGGGGAUAGAGGCUUUCACAGUGGAAGAGGAGGAGAUGGAUGCUUUCAGAGUUAAAAAGGAGGAAGAUGAGGAUAUCAGCGUGGAAGAGGGGAUAGAGGCUUUCACAGUGGAAGAGGAGGAGAUGGAUGCUUUCAGAGUUAAAAAGGAGGAAGAUGAGGAUAUCAGCGUGGAAGAGGGGAUAGAGGCUUUCACAGUGGAAGAGGAGGAGGUAGAAGCUUUCAAAAUCAAAAAGGAGGAAGAGGAGGAGGAUAUUAUAUUGAAAAAAGAGGAAGAGCCUUCUAGAGUGGAAGAGGAAGGAGAGGAGGAGGAGGCUGAACAAGAUCUGAUGAUCACCAGAGAAAGAUCAGACUCAGAGGAACCAGAGACGUCCAAACCAGCAAAACGACACGACUGCUCCCACUGCGGGAAGAGUUUUACCAAGUUAGGAAACCUGAGAAGACAUGAGAGGACACACACAGGAGAGAAGCCUCAUCACUGCUCACAGUGUGGGAAGAGUUUUACCCAGUUAGGGAACCUAAAACUACACGAGAGAACACACACAGGAGAGAAGCCUUACGAAUGCUCUCAAUGUGGAAUGAGUUUUACCAAGUUAGGGUACCUGAAAUCACACGAGAGAACACACACAGGAGAGAAGCCUUUCCACUGCUCACUGUGCGGGAAGAGUUUUACAGAGUUAGGCAACAUGAAAAGGCACGAGCGCACACACACAGGCGAGAAGCCUCAUCACUGCUGUCAGUGUGGAAAGACUUUUACAGAGUUAGGGAGCCUGAAAAUACAUAAGAGAAUACACACAGGAGAGAAGCCUUACCACUGCUCCCUGUGUGGAAAGAAUUUUACAGAGUUAAGCAACCUGAAAAAACAUGAGAGGACACACACAGGAGAUAAGCCUUUCCACUGCUCCCUGUGUGGAAAGAGUUUUACAGAGUUAGGGAGUCUAAAAAUGCAUAAGAGAAUACACACGGGCGAGAAGCCUCAUCACUGUUCACAGUGCGGAAAGAGUUUUACAAAGUUAGGGAACCUGAAAAUGCAUGAGAGAAUACACACAGGAGAGAAGCCUUACCAUUGCUCCCUGUGCUUAAAGAGUUUUACCUCAUUAAGGCAAUUGAAAGAACAUGAAAGAAUCCACACCAUAGAGAAACGUUAGCAACGCUCCUAGUAUGAAAUUAUAUCGUUUUAACCAGUUAGUAUUAACCAGUCAGUUUUAACCAGUUAGUAUUAACCUGUUAGUUUUAACCAGUUAGUUUUAACCAGUCAGUUUUAACCAGUCAGUUUUAACCAGUUAGUUGUAACCAGUUAGUAUUAACCAGUUAGUUUUAACCAGUCAGUUUUAACCAGUCAGUAUUAACCAGUUAGUAUUAACCAGUUAGUAUUAACCAGUUAGUUUUAACCAGUCAGUUUUAACCAGUUAGUUUUAACCAGUCAGUUUUAACCAGUCAGUUUUAACCAGUUAGUUUUAACCAGUAAGGGCACCUGAAAAACCAUGACGUAAUACAUACAGUGAAGAUGCCUUACCGCUGUUCCAGUGUAAAAACGAAUAUAUCACAUCAAAUAUACUUUAGUUAAUGACAUUCUAUUUUAAAGCUACAAUGUGUAACGUUUUUGGGCAAACCUGACACACAUUCACACAGAAAACCCCCACAAAUAAUGCUCCCACACUUGUCUCAUAUAUUGUACCGCAAAAUGUUGUGCUUUUGUUUAUGCCACAUGCAAUCAAGUUGUAUAAAAUUGACCCAAAAA